UGUAGCAACCUUGAUUGCAAACUAAUUAUCUUCAACCUUCUUUUUCAGCACCACUCAUUGAACGCUUUUUAUCACCAAAAUGGAAUCAGAAAAUGCCGAGAAGCUGAACCUUUUCAAGUACUCUAAACGGGUCAUCUUGAAAGAUAUUGUCGGCAGGGAUGAUGGAGGAGCGGGGCUGCUUGGACGGAGAGUAGUCAUUGGUGGAUGGGUUAAGUCCUCUAGGGAGAUUAAGAAAGACCCUCCUAGUAUGGUAGAUACUGAUGCCGUUGGACCCAAAGAUGCGAGUUGUGUGGAACUUAUGCAGUCUAGGAUACCUUUUCUCAGGUCCAUUCUUAAGGUUUUAGGUGGCGGAGAUCAUCGGAUUCGUGACAAGUUGGAUUCUGUAACUCCUAAACCACCGCAACCUUCAAUUUCCGUUCUGCAAAUUAGUGAUGGAUCUUGUGUACGAACUCUUCAGGUUGCGGUGGACUCAGCUUUAGCUUCUCCAAGCCAAAUCAUGCCUACUGGAACUAGCAUACUAGCAAAAGGUAUAUUGCAGCAGCCAUAUUUGCCGGGGAAGCAUGUCGUUGAGCUCAAAGUCGAGCAACUUCUACAUGUGGGGAUUGUUGAUCCGGACAGCAGGUAUCCUUUGUCCAGGAAACGUUUGCCCCUGGAAAUGUUAAGAGAUCGUUCCCACAUUCGGCCUCGGACAACUACGGUUGCAUCUAUAACACGAAUCAAUAAUGCUCUCACUCAAGCAACUCAUACCUUCUUCCAGAAUCAUGGGUUUCUUUACGUGCAAGUGCCCAUAAUUACAUCCUUGGACACUGGAGGAUUUAGCAAGAAAUUUCAAGUGACAACUCUUUUUAACAAAGAAACAGUACAGGGCCAAAAUAUUGUGGAUAAUACUGCCGGUGUCAGCCUUGAUAAUAUCAAGGCUUCUAUCAAGGAAAAAAACAGACUAGUUGAAGAACUGAAGAGGAGUGAAAGCAAUAAGGAAGCUCUAGUUGCUGCAGUCCAGGAUCUGAGAAAAACAAAUGAACUUGUGGCACAGUUGGAAGCAAGAGAGAAGGCAAAAUCUGAAACAUCACUAAGAACAGAGAAGCUCAAUUUCUCUGAAGAUUUUUUCUCUCGCCCGGCAUAUCUCACAGUUUCAGGUCGCCUUCAUUUAGAAAGCUAUGCGUGUGCCCUUGGAAGUGUUUACACAUUUGGACCUAGAUUUCAAGCUGAAGAGUCGGAAUAUUCCAAGAGGUUAUUAGCUGAAAUGUGGAUGGUUGAGCUCGAAAUGGCUUUCUCGGAACUGGAAGAUGCCAUGGACUGUGCAGGUGACUUGUUGAAAUACAUGUGCAAAUGGAUUUCGGAUCAUUGUCCUGAUGACCAAAAAUUUUUAUCAAAGAGAAUUGACCAAACUCUUGUAGAUCGCCUCCAAUCAAUUGUUUCAGGCUCAUUUGAAAAGAUAACAUACGCCGAAGCAGUCGAAAUUUUGAAACAGGUGCCGGGUAAGAAAUUUGAAGCCAAACCAGAAUAUGGUUUUACUUUAACUGAAGAACAUGAAAGUUAUCUUGCAGACGAGUUCUAUAAAAGGCCUGUUAUUAUCUACAACCAACCAAAAGAAAUUAAGCCUUUCUAUGUGCGCCUAAAUGAUGAUGGGAAAACAGUUGCUGCAUUUGAUGUUAUUUUACCAAAGGUUGGAGCGGUGAUACGAGGAAGCCAAAAUGAGGAACGCUUCGAUUGGUUAAGCCCAAGGAUGAAAGAACUGGGCUUGACGAACCGAGAAUACGAGUGGUACUUGGAUCUUCGCAGACAGGGAACAGUCAAACAUUCUGGCUUCAGUGUGGCGCUCGACUCAUUAGUUCUUUAUGCUACUGGCCUCAAUGAUAUCAAAGACGUUGUUCCUUUCCCCAGAAUCUAUGGCAACGGCAAUCACUAAGUUUGUAGCAGACGACCAGCGAAAGGCAUGAAGAACUCUUUGUACAUAUAUGUGUUGUCUGGCAAUAAAGCUGUCCAUUUAUUUGCAGACAUGUAAAUUACAUGUAGUGAAUCAUAUGUAAGAGAUACAGAGAGAGAUGAUUAAUAAAAUACAGAAUACAGUUUCUUUA